CUAGAACCGUAAUUCCACAAAGGGACAUCCUGUGGUAGAGUCGGCGUUCACUUGCCAUCUGCUGUCAGUUCUGUAUUUUGAAAAAUCCCGUCAAAUAUGGCCCUUCAAAUUCAAAAACAAGUGUGGAAAACAUGUAAACCAAUCUUUUCUGUAUUACAGAAAAAACCGUGCACAGCAGAGGCGGUUGCAGAAAACAGAAAUUUCUUCACGUUCUUGAGCAGGAAAUCUUCAACGUUGAAAGAAGAUAGGUCGAAUAAGGUACAUUUGGAGGACAAAGUGGCUGUAGUUACCGGAGGUGCUUCUGGUAUUGGAUAUGCCGUAGCUAACGAACUUUUGAAAGAAGAUGUUUCAGGGACAUCAAGUGUAACGGUGAUUGACAAUAACAAAGAAAAGCUACAAGAAAGCGUCAGACAUUUGGGAGAAGAGCACGGAGAAGACAGGAUCCUACCUAUUGAAGCUGAUGUAUCAAAUAUUGAGCAGAUGGAUGCUGCCUUCAGAAAUACCGUUCUGCAUUAUCACACUAUAGACAUUAUUAUCAACAAUGCUGGCAUUUUGGACGACGGAAAAUGGGAACAAGAAUUGAAGAUCAACACUCAUGGCUGUGUUAUCGGCACCUUGUUAGGGAUGCAAUACAUGGCUAGGUCCAGCUCUGGAUCUGGAGGGAUUAUAGUUAAUGUUGGGAGCUUAGCUGGCUUGACGCCUUGGUGUGGCUUUCCCAUAUAUACCAUGACGCAGUUCGGAGUUGUAGGUUUUACAAAGGCGCUGGGUUCUGGUAGACUAUACGAGAGAACCGGCGUUAAGGUGUUUGGAUACUGCCCGUGCCUGACCAAAACGGCGAUGUUGGAAAACCUGGCUGAAAAGUCGAUCAACGACAAUUUUGCCGCGGAAUUCGUCGAGGAUACCGGCAACAUGAAAGUGCAGCGUCCAGAAAUUGUGGCCAAGGGGCUGGUCGGUACACUGCACGAAGCCAAACCUGGCUCGAUUUGGGUGGCGAUGGAAGACAAAGAGCCUUUUGAAGUUAGCAUGUCCGAAAUGCUGAAAAAGGCUGGACAGUCGGUGGACCAGGCUACUAGAUAGAACAUCAUCGACCAGAAGCGCGGAAAAGUAGAAGCAGAUAUUAUUUUUUGUAGUGUAUAUAUUUUCCUUUCCAAAUAAAAUAUUUGGAUUUCAGGAACACCUUAUAGGUCUUUGA